AUGCAUAAUUUAUGGAAGAAUGGAGUAAAAAUUACUUUACUUUUUCAACUCAAAUUUUAUCCAUAAUUCACUCAUUCAAUUGAGAAUCAAACAACAAAUAGUAGAGAUAGUCCUUAAGGGACACUGUCAAUCACCUUCUGGAAUUUAAAGAGAGUAAAAGUGGUACCAGGAUGCAUUGUUGGUCAGAACUAAUGA